AUGACUUGGGACAAUGGCAGGGAUGAAAGAUACGCCGAUGACUCCGACUUUGAUUUAUCAGACGCACUGGAGGAUAUCCUCCCCACAAAGAGGCCUACUCACAAGCCGCCCAGGAAGCCUUCAGGUGGCACAGGCGAACUCGAUCUGUCGGAUUACUUUGAUUCCCCACCGGAGAGAACCACCAGGCCUGCAAAGGCCACCCCCGGCCCGUAUCCACGGAAACCAGACGAUGGUCGCUGGAACAUCCCCCACACCACCACCACCAAGCAGCCCAAGGCUACGAAGCCACCCCCCAAAAAGACUUCAGCGAAAGACCCAAUGGAUUUCGACUUAUCCGAUGCUUUAGAUGACCAAAAUGACAGACACCCUGGGGGUGGACCACCUAAAGGAAAUCCCGGUGGAGGGAUUUCGGAUGCCGACCUGAUUGGUAUCGUGGAUGAAGGAGGUUAUCAGCCUGAUAAGAAGAAAGGUGGGUGAGGAAUUUUGGGGAGGGGUGACAAUGAUUACAAUAACGGUGCCCUGGUGGAAACCGGGACAAUCGCUGGCAUUGUCAGUGGCCUUGCCAUGGCCUUAAUCGGUGCUGUCAGCAGCUAUAUCUCCUACCAGCAAAAGAAAUUCUGCUUUAGCAUACAACAGGGCCUGAAUGCAGAAUAUGUGAAGGGAGAAAACAUGGAAGCGGUGGUGACCGAAGAGCCACAAGUGAAAUAUUCUGUCCUAGAACCACAGACAGCAGAAGCUCCACCGCCUCAAGAAAACGCAAAAGUCUGAAAUCUCAGCUCUUUGGCUUAAAAAGAACCAAUUGUUGACAGAACAAAACAAAACAUGUCGCACACGAGCGCGCGCACGAACACACACACACACACACACACACAAACACGCACACACUCCUCUCACCUAAUUUGUAAUUUAGCUUUUACAAAACGUUUAAUUUGGAUUCCAAAGCUAUUUAAAUGUGCAUUCCCCUGACUAGGGCAGGCUUCUUUAUUGUGGUUAGGCUUGUAGACUGGUUGAAAAAAAUAA